AUGGACUAUUCCAACCACUCCCCUCAGGCAGGAGGCUGCGGUCCAUCAGGACUAGAACCUCCGGCCACAAGAACAGAUGCAACAGACACCGAGAAAGACCCGAGUUUCCAGGACGUCUUCAAAGAGGACUGUAUCGUGCUUGACCCAAUGUCGGUCCUGCCGGUCCAGUACGAGAUCACCAACUGCUUACUGCCCAUUUCUCACGAUGCUGUGUUGUAUCCUCUGGACUGCUCCUGCCUGUCCCACUGCUCUUUUGAAGACGGCUCUAACUUCCUGGCCCCUCUGCUGAGCCCCCUGAGCACCAUGCUGCAGAUGCUCCAGGAGUGCAGUCAGCUGGAGCUCUCCCUCCGGCUGCUGGUGAACUCUUACUGCAGCAGCCUGCAGCACUGCACCUCCAACGUCAUGGACCUGUCCCUCGGAGUCCAGCUGUUUGACAAGCAAAAUCUGAAAAACAGCAACAUGUGCUUGAGUAAACUUAGAAAAAUGACCUUAUCUUCCAUUAAUUUGGUCGUGCUGGCGCUGUUGAACAAGGUCUUCAACUGGAGGAUGGUGGACUGUGACCUGGCAAUCGGCCUCUGCUCGCUGCUCUCUGAAUCUGAAGUGCUAAAAAUUCUGUGGAAAGUAAUAGACGACACCUGGCAGAAUUAUGACAAGAUUUUGGCUGUGGCUAAAGUGGGGGCAAACCUGUGCUGCUUGUACGGGCUGGCGAAGGAGAAGGACCAGUUUCUGUCUGUCAUCACGGAUGCGGAGUGGGGCAUCAGGCUCAGUAAACUGGAGAUCUCCAUGCAGCCGGUGUUCCGACAGCAGCUAAAGAGCGAACUCAUCCCGGUCCUGGUGAAGAACAGUAGAAUCACUCCAGACAUCAUCCUCCAGUACUGCAGCACCUAUGACCUGGACCAGGACACUGUGAUAAACCAGUACAUCACCACACUGCUGCUGCUCCAGGAGGAGGAGGAAGAGGAGGUGGAGGAGGAGGGCUCUGGGAAUACUGAGCCGCAUGUAUUCAGCGGCCAGGCCCUGGAGAGAGUCCAGCUCAUCAUCACUAAGCUCCACAGCACCCGCGAGCUCAUGGACAGCCUGUGUGCUGCUGUCUUUAAGCUGAGCCCGUACAACUAUGAAAGAAUUGAAGUCGUGCUGAAGAUUCUGGAGGUGGCCGAUGAACACAUACCCACAUUUUCAGUCGGCCAGGGCAUGGCUCUGCUGCAACACCUGAAGUCUUACAAGCGCGUGGCUGCUCCCUCGGACACGGAGAGCUCCUACCUCCUGGAGAACAACCUGGUUCCCAAUCAGCAGUCCCAGAGCCGACUCCCCUUCCACCUCCUCAUGCAGACCAAGCACUUCUGGAAGAUCAUCUGUCCUGAACUCACUGAAGAGACAUUUCCCACUCUGUUGCUGAUCACUAAACUUAUGAAGAUGUGUCUGGAUAAGCUCUACAUGUCGGCUGUAAACCACGUGUUUGAGAAGAAGAUGAAGCCGCUGAUCCUGGAGCAGAGGAAGAGAGGUCAGAGUCACAUCAACAAUAAAGACACGCUCAAAGUGGCCAAGACCAUGAUGAGGUACAUCCACUGCAUCCAGAGCGCCGAGUGGGCCGCCGCCACCGCACACAAGAUCGCCCAGGAGCUGCCCCCAGGCCAUGAGAAGACCCUGUCCCUGCGCUUCUGCUUGAGUCUGGGAGAAACGUGGUUAAAGGAUCCAAACCUCGAGGAGAGCACUCGGUCCAGAGUGGUUACGUUUCUGUCGAAGCUGAAGCUGCAGUUCCAGCGCUCGGCCACAGAGAACGCUGUGAUGUGCAGUCAGCUGAGCAGCUCCGAGCUCUUGAAGCUGAGCGGGCUGCCGGCCAAACUCAUCAUGGCUCUGUACGAACACAGCAGUGUGGAGCAGCGCUUCAGGGACUCAGCCAGCCACACCUACCCUGACCUACAUGCUGUGAUUAAAGAAGUGGCAUCCAUAAACAAUGUGGAUCUGUUGAAAAUCCGUAAAAUGCUUCUGGAAAAGUGGAUCUGCAAAACCGGACCUGCUGUGACCAAGGAAAUGAGCGGAGGAGACUGUGUGAGCAUGGAGGAGGAUCCAGACCUGAUGAGGGUUGUGCACAUGCUGCAGGCCUGCCCCAUGGACAACAUGCUCCAGCUCCUCACUCCUGUGCUAUCAGCUGAAACCUGGCCUCACAGCAGCUCUGGUCCUCGCCUGACCUUCUGCCACCGCACACGUGCGCUGCUCUGCCUGGUGCGCCUCACUGACGCUGUCACACUGGAGGCGCACACGCACAUCCCCCGAGGACAGAUCCAGUUCUACCUGAAGUGCUACGUGUUUGUGUCUCAGCUGGAGGCCUUAAACAUCCCGUACACAGUGCAGUCGUUCCUGAGCAGCCCUAAAGACGGCCUGGUGAAGGGGCUGUGGAAAAACCACGACCACGAGCCUCAGGCUGUGCGGCUGGUGGCAGACCUCUGCCUGGAGUAUCAGGUGUAUGAUCCUCAGCUCUGGAACAGUCUCCUCCAGAAGCUGCUGAGCUUUAACCUGAUCGGACACCUGCAGAGUGUCCUGGAUUCACUGGUGGCUGUGCCCUCGCUGUGGGAGAUUCCUAGUUUCUCCAGGACGUGGAGGAGUGCGAUCCUGGCUCCUUUUGUCGCAGCUUCUGUCCCUCUGAAUCCGGAGCAGCAGACGACACUUCAUAAAACCUUUGUCCUGCUGCUGAAGUGCCCCUUUGUGCUGAAUCUGGACCUGAUCGGGAUCGCCAAUCGCUUCGCUCAGUUAAACCUGUCGGCUUUCGCUCUGGGGACGCUGCUGCUCAUCCCUUGUGCCCAGAAAAAAGACCAGCAGAUCAAAGGCUUUCUGUCGCUCUGCAGCCCACUCUCGGUCCUGGAGCAAGUGGAGGAGCUGAUGAGCAGUGGAGAGCUGGCGGGACUCCCCACACAGAUCCGAGACACAGUCCUGAGCUUCAUCAGUGAGAGCGGACAGCAGCAGCAGCUCAUCAGGACCAAGCACUUCUCUCUCCUCCGACACCAGCUGCUGUCACACGGACACCUUCAGCAGGUCCGAGAGCUCGUGCGCUGCCUCCUUACCAACAACUGUCCAGAGGAGGCUUCAUCUUUGGCCCGUGAGUACAUGAAGCACAGAGACCCACACAGGGAACAGCUGCUCUGCAUCAGCUCCACGUCUCCAUCCAAGUUUAUCAAGGAGUUUCUCUCUGUGGAAAGUGGAGUUCUGUGA